AUCAAUAUAAUAGCAAAUAGAAAGAUGUUUUAGGAAGAGUAGUAAUUCCUGUAUUUUACAUGAACUUUGGCAUGAUCUAGCUGCCAAUAUGCAAGGAAAUGUCAUUUCAGAGUUGGAGCGACUACAAAAUACGGAAAAAGAGCCAUGGAAUUCACUGCUUGAUGUUUUUGAUUUGGUGGAGGUUGGAUGUAAUGGUGAGGUUGAUGUGGUCGCCAGAAAUAUACCAUCAAGAUGUCAAGAUCGUACCCUAACUGAUCACCUCUCGAAGCUUCCUGAUGGUUUACCUCCCAUAUUUCCUACAAACAAUGAGGAGGAUUUGGAAGAAUAUCUGCUUCAUCCAGAGAAAUUACCAAUUCAUGAUUUCUAUAAAUCUCAAAGGUUCUGGCCAAGGAAACAAGAUCCAGAAUCAUUAUUCCAUUCCACAUUUUCACCUGUGUUGACGGAGCUAAAGGUGAAGAGAGAUCCUAGAAGUGGUGAACUUCUUGGCUAUCAUGAGGUUGCCGUAAUGAAUGCUGAUUUCACAGGAAGCAACUCAACCUCACUCCUCCGUCAACCCGAGCCUCAGUCAUCUGAUGUUCGUGGCAGCUCCACCAAUAUCCCUUUUAAACCCGGAGGUCUAGAUGAACGAAUCGAAAGGCCGGAUUCACAGCUAUCGAAAAGUCUUGAUUUUGAAAAAGAUCUUCUCAAUAUACCUCCUGGUUUUUCACAGAAAGUGACUUUUGAAUCGCUAGACAGCGUAGAUAGUGGCACUUCUCCGAAUGUCAUUAAUUUUGUUGAUAUUUUGAGUGGAAAAGUCGAGAUUGACGACGAUUUUGACGACGAAGAUAAUGUUGAUGGUGGUGGUGCGUCUGUGGAAAAAGAAAACGAUGAUUCUAACGUGGUGGAGGACGGGUUUCCUACUACUGUUAGUAAAAGUGAAAGCCUUGAAAAUUUGUUGCCAAAGAGUGAAGAAGUUGAUGGUAAAAAGAAAGAUGAAAGCAAACAAACUAAUGUUGCAGUUGGGGAUGAAGAUUGGGCUGUCGUCGUAACUGAUCCUGUUCGUGACUUUAAAACCAGAAUUCCUCAAAUGGCUCGUGAGUACCCGUUUGAGCUGGAUACAUUUCAGAAACAAGCUCUGAUCCAUUUAGAAAAUAAGGAAUGCGUUUUUGUUGCUGCACACACAUCUGCUGGAAAAACAGUCGUCGCCGAUUAUGCAAUUGCAUUAUCUGAGAGAAAUAUGACAAAGACCAUCUAUACAUCACCAAUCAAAGCGUUAUCAAACCAAAAGUUUCGGGAAUUUAAAGAUAAAUUUGAGAGCGUAGGUCUGAUUACUGGAGAUAUUCAACUGAAUGCCGACGCCAACUGCAUCGUAAUGACAACUGAAAUCUUACGCUCCAUGCUUUAUCGUGGCUCGAGAUUAAUUCGCGAUACAGAAUGGGUAAUAUUUGAUGAGGUUCAUUACGUCAAUGACGCAGAGCGCGGUGUUGUGUGGGAAGAGGUUCUCAUCAUGUUACCCGAUCACGUGGGUAUCAUCAUGCUCUCUGCCACUGUACCCAAUACAAAAGAGUUUGCUGGAUGGGUAGGACGCAUAAAGAAGAAGAAGAUUUAUGUAAUCAGCACGUCCAAACGACCUGUGCCACUCGAAUAUUUCCUUUACACUGGAAACAGUCCAAAGACAGCCAAUGAAAUGUUCGCAAUUGUCGAUAGCCGCGGGAAAUUUUUACCCGCUGGUCAUAAACAAGCUGUGGAAGCCAAGAGCAAAAGAUCUAAGCCAAAAGAUAAUUAUGGACCAAAAGGUGUACGGCAGAACACCAAUCCCAACGAGGAGAGAAACAUUUGGAUGUCUUUGAUUCGAAAGUUAGAUAAGGACGAAGGUUUGCCUGUUGUUGCCUUCACGUUCUCAAGGAAGCGAUGCAAUGAAAAUUCUGAGAAAUUGUCCAAUUUGGAUCUCACAAGUAGCAAAGAGAAACAUGAAAUUCACAUUUUCAUCGAGAAAUGUAUUUCACGUCUCAAAGACCAGGAUAAACGACUGCCUCAGGUGAGGAAGAUGAAGGAUUUACUAAAGCGAGGUCUUGCAGUUCAUCACAGUGGUAUUUUACCGAUCUUGAAAGAGAUGAUUGAAAUGCUUUUUCAAGAUGGACUUGUGAAAGUUUUAUUCGCCACUGAGACAUUUGCCAUGGGCGUAAAUAUGCCCGCGAAAACUGUCGUUUUCGAUUCAAUUCGUAAGCAUGAUGGUGACAAGUUCCGGGAUCUCUUACCCGGCGAGUUUAUACAAAUGGCCGGUCGUGCUGGCCGACGUGGAAAGGACGACAGCGGGACAGUAAUUAUUUUAUGCAAAGCUGAUGUCCCAGAUAUGGAUAAUAUAAAAAAAAUGAUGACGGGUAAACCGACUUUACUAGAGUCACGGUUUCGAAUCACUUACUCCAUGAUUCUUAAUCUCGAACGUUCAGACAACAUGAGUGUUGUGGACAUGAUGAAAAGAAGUUUUGCCGAGUUCCAUUUGUUGAAAAAAGCGCCUGAACGUGAUAGAAUGAUUGCUGACCUCAGCAAAGAACUGGAGUGCGCAAAAAACCUUGAAUCACAUUUGGAAAAUGAUUUAAGAACAUAUUACGAUAUUUGCAAGGAAUUGACAAGUCUUCAACAUUUGCUUCGGUCAGCGGUCGUUUCGUCUUCAAAUGGACAGAAAUCGCUAACGGCUGGUCGGAUUAUCAUUGCAAAAACAAAGCAAUUUUCCACUCGAUAUGCAAUGAUUUUGAGCAAAAAAUCAUCUUACUCAAAACACGAUGGACAACGCGAGAAGAAAACUUACACUGUAUUACUCCCUUGUGACGCGAACGAAACGAUAUGGUGUGAGAAAUCUGCUUUUGAUUUGGACGAAGAACUUGAUGUAGAACCUUACUGUGAAAAUAUGGAAAUAUACUGUCCACAGAGACCUUCAUCACAUACGAUUGCUGAGAUCCAUGACAGAGAUAUUCUUGUGAUCACCGAUCAAGUUCUACCAAAUCUAAACAGUGAUGCUAUGAUCAACGACUUUAACAAACGCAAACAGCCUCGUUUUCGGAAUGAUUUACCAGGAAAAUCGAUAACGUCUGCUAUUGAGGAAAUGCUCCGUCUCUCGGAAGUCCACCCAAAUGGUUUACCAAUGAUCAAUUUCUUCACCGCGGAUUUCUCUUUGAAGGAAAAACAAACAAAAAAGAACAAGUUGGAAAGUCAGAUACGAAAUUGCCCUUGCGCAUCCUCUCCGAGUUUUGAUGAAAACUUCAAGAUAUACAAACAUAAAAGAACGUUGCGUGAUAAAAUUGACAGUUUAGAAGAAAAAUCUUCUAUUGAAAUGCUGAGUCUUCUCCCGGAGUACAAAAAUCGAAAGAAGGUCUUAGACAAUUUGAGUUACAUUAGCUCUAUUGGCACAGUUGAAAUGAAAGGAAGAGUUGCUUGUGAAAUAAGUUGUCAUGAAGUUGUCAUUACGCAACUGUUGUAUGGCAAUUUCUUCAAUGAUCUUGAGCCAGCCGAGGUAGUAGCUUUGCUCUCUUGUUUUGUAUUUGAACAGAAAACAUCUAGCGAACCAAAAUUGACCGAAAGACUUUUAAAGGGAAAGAAAAGAAUCGUGGAAACCGCAAGAGACAUCGCAAAUUGUGAAAUAGAAUUCAGAAUGGACACUUCAUCUGAGGAGUAUGUUGAGCAGUUCAAGUUUGGUUUGGUUGAAGUUGUUUAUGAAUGGGCGAGAGGAAUGCCGUUUUAUGAAAUAACAGAUUUAACUGAUGUUCAGGAAGGUAUAAUUGUACGUUGCAUUCAACGUCUAAACGAUCUAUGCAGUGACGUAAAAAAUGCGUCAAAACUAAUUGGUAUUAAGGAAAUGGAGAACAAAAUGGAAGAAGCAGUUGGUUUGUUAAAACGAGAUAUUGUCUUUGCUGCUAGUUUGUACACCGAAUAGCAUAAUGGUUCUUCGAGUGGUAUAUGAUAUAGCCUUUAUGAACUGGUCAUCAAGUAAAAAAAUUUUGUUCCCUCUCAAAUAUUGCUGGGGUAGGGACUGUGUCCAGUGUAUCUACGAACUAGAAUGCCUUAGAUCUCGUGUUAGCAAGAAAAUAAGUGUUAAAUAGGUUUUUUGAUAGCUUAUGAUUUUGAUUUGUUAAAUAUUGCUAUUUCAUGUUUUGCAAACAUAUUACAGUGUCUUUGUUGUCCGUCAA